AUGUGCGGGGCAGCGCACAACGUCAGACGGACCGAUUCCCGGCGUCUGCCAGUCCCGCCACGGAUUCAUUUGGGAUCCUCAAACAGAUGAGCCCGUAGAGACGGGGGAUCAAGGCAGCCUAUUAGAGCCGAUUGCCUGCUUCGGGGACUGCCAGCCCUUCCAGGCCCGGCGACCGGGGGGAGGGAGGGGAAAGACGACGGAGCGCCGCUGCGGGAAGACAGUGAAGCCGGAGCGACACUCGCAGCCCCCCCACCCCCACCUCACAGCGCAGGCUUUGAAAGCUGCUCCCCCAUCUGAAUGGAAACUCAGAACCGCCUGGCGGCGCGUUCCUCCUGGCCCAGCGUUGCGACCCAUGCGGAGGGGAAGGUAGUGCGAGCCCGCGCCAGCGCCCAGCUCCCGGGACAGGGCCGGCAAUGCUGCUGAGCAGAACUUGACCGAGCCCCUUCCUCGCUGCUUAGUGGAAGCGAUGCUGCACGGCACAGCCAGCGCUUUCCCGGCUCUCCUUCAAGCUGAAGGUUACCCACCCGCGCAGCCAGCCCCAACCCUGUGAGCGCCGCGCCUCGAUUCCCGGCUCCGGCUGCUUGGCGGCGCGCAGGGCAACGACCGGGCCGCCCGCGCCGGGGCGCACUGCACCAGCGGCUUCGGCUUGGUGGAUGUGUAUGCAUGAGUUCUGCACCGAAUGGGCGCAAAAAGCGCCCCAGCCGGUCCACCCGCUCCUCGAUCUUCCAGAUCAGCAAGCCCCCGCUGCAGAGCGGGGAUUGGGAGCGCAGGGGCAGCAACUCCGAAAGCGCCCACAAAACCCAACGAGCCCUGGACGACUGCAAGAUGCUUGUCCAGGAGUUCAACACGCAAGUGGCCCUGUACCGAGAGUUGGUCAUUUCUAUCGGGGACGUCUCUGUCAGCUGCCCCUCACUCCGGGCGGAAAUGCACAAGACCAGAACCAAAGGCUGUGAAAUGGCUCGUCAGGCACACCAAAAACUUGCUGCCAUCUCAGGCCCGGAAGAUGGUGAGAUCCAUCCAGAAAUCUGUCGGCUUUAUAUCCAGCUGCAGUGCUGCUUAGAAAUGUACACAACAGAGAUGCUCAAAUCCAUAUGUCUGCUGGGGUCUCUUCAGUUUCACCGAAAAGGAAAGGAGCCUGGUGGGGGAACCAAGAGUUUGGACUGCAAAAUUGAGGAGAGCACAGAAACACCUGCUCUAGAGGACUCCUCAUCAUCCCCUGUAGAUAUUCAGCAACAUUCCUGGCAGGUUUCCACAGACAUCGAGAACACUGAAAGAGACAUGCGAGAAAUGAAAAACCUUUUAAGCAAACUCAGGGAAACUAUGCCUUUACCAUUGAAAAAUCAAGAUGACAGCAGCCUUCUAAAUCUAACUCCCUACCCCCUGGUUAGAAGACGGAAGAGAAGGUUCUUUGGGCUGUGUUGUCUGGUGUCAAGCUAGACAACUCCUCCUGGAAACCCACCAUUGCGAAGACCCGAAAAUAUCACAGAACCUGAGGACCUCCAGACAGCUGAACCACAAUUAUUGGUUUUUGACUAUGUUUUCUAUGCUUCCUUAUUACUUUUACUCACCUCCCCCUACCGUUUUAAAUGAUUUUACAUUUGAAAGCAGCUGCUGUCAAGGGAAAAAAAGAUUCAAAAAGCAGGCUGUUUUUAAAAGGAUUUUUAAAGCUGACAUUGCGCAUGCCUGCUCCAAACCAUACCAUGACAGAUGCAAGAAUUAUGGUUUUUAAAUUAUUUCAAGGUUUUUUUAAAUGUAUUAUACAGAGAAAAAUUAUUUCAUGUAUAAUAGUAUAUCUUUAGCUCUUGCUGUUCUCAUGUGAACAAUUUAUCAUAUAUGAGAGUCUUUAAACAUAGAAAUCUAUCUAAAACUGCAAAACUGUGUUCAAAAAUCCAAUCUAUCAAUAUUAUUAGGAAUAAUAUUAUAACCAAACAUAUACCACCUCACCUAUUGCUUUGUCUGCACUCAUUUACAUUCAGUCUUCCAUUCUGUCAGAAUCCAAGAGCUUCUACAUAAAGAUAUCUUAAUUUAUAAUGCAACAGAAACCAUAUAUGAAACAUAUUUAAAUUUUGUAAAUACACAAUAAUCCUAAUAUCUUCGUACAAUGCAUAUGGGCAACUAAUUUCCUUUCGAUCCAAUGGUGUCUUUUCAGCUUCUUGGAGAAUGAAGUAAUCCAGUUAGAAAAUGGUGUAGUAACAUAUACAAUUACCCUCAAAUGUAAAAUUGAAUAUUAUCACAUUUUGUUCUAAUUGAAAUCUGAAGCAUGAUGUCUGCGCAUCAGCAUAGUGUUAAAUCUUAUAGGGCAUGCUGGAAUUAGCUCAGAUCGUAAAAAUAUUUAACAUUUUGCGUUAAUAAAAUCUUUUUAGUUAA